AUGUCGGAGCAUGCAGAGGAAUCUGAAGACAGUGAAGGACUUCUUAAGGACGCUUUUGAUGAAGAUACACUUACACAGUUAAGCAGCCUGAUCGCUUCCGGUAGGGGUGUACGAAUGGACGAAACACCAGCGUUCAAUAUGCGUCUCAUUGCUGAGGUAAGGUGCACUCAGAAAGUGAUUUUUUCUUUCGGUCGAGUUUAA